UUUUUAUUUUGGAUUCAAUUGCCGUUGAUUGUGUUUUUUGUAAAGGUUCGUUACGGUAACAAACAUUCGUAUGCGCCGAUAAAGUCAUCCAUACAAUGUUCCAUACAAAUGGCACCGCAAAUAAUUACGAUAUGGCUGGAAGUACGACAAACUCAUAUCAACAUCAUCAUCAACAACAAACUCCCGUCUAUGUACCAUCAACACGUGCCACCCUAUCACAAUAUUCCGGACAUCAUCCACAACAUCCACACGCCCAUCAUUUUAGUGGUACGACACCACAAACAGCGGCUGCAGCAUGGGCAACACCAGAUGCGUAUGUACCAACAGCGGCUGGACAUCAUGCAUUAACUACUGCAACCGGUGGUGCAGGAGCCUCACCAUCAGCGUUAACCAGUCAAUUUUAUGCACAAAAUGCAAUGAUGAUGUCAUCUUGGGGUCGUGCAGCGUAUGAUGCCAGUGGAUUUCAAAGAAAUUCACCUUACGAUAGUGCAAUGGAAUUUCAAUUUGGUGAAGGUCGUGAAUGUGUUAAUUGUGGUGCAAUAUCCACACCAUUAUGGCGUCGUGAUGGAACUGGCCAUUAUUUAUGUAAUGCAUGUGGUCUAUAUCAUAAAAUGAAUGGUAUGAAUCGGCCAUUGAUUAAACCAUCUAAAAGACUGACAGCUACUAGACGUUUAGGACUAUGCUGUACAAAUUGCGGCACUCGAACAACAACAUUAUGGCGUCGAAAUAAUGAUGGUGAACCUGUUUGUAAUGCCUGUGGAUUAUAUUUUAAAUUACAUGGUGUAAAUCGACCAUUAGCAAUGCGAAAAGAUGGUAUACAAACACGUAAACGUAAACCAAAAAAAUCAUCGAGCGGUGGAAGUGGCGGUAAUUCAACGCAACAGCAAUCGAAUGGUACAGGGAGCGUUGGAACUGAUCGAGAUGAUGCUUCGUCAACGCCUGUAAAUGAUUCAAAGCAUCAUUCGUCAUCCCACAAUGAUAACAAUAACACACCAAAUUCCUCGUCGUCACAUCAUGCGUCAUCUGAAUCACCGUUAACAUUAGCCAUGCUAUCAAAAGUGAAUACAGAUCGUCCAUAUUUAGGACACACAUCGCUCUUAUCACCAAAUCCCUUAACAACGUCACAUAUUAAAACUGAACCAUCAAUUUAUCAUCCACAUGACACAACGCCACACGGACAUGCGCACCACGGGCAUCAUCACCAUCACCAUCAUCAUUCACCAAGUGCGGUAGCAACAUCAUCGGCUGCAGCCCAAUAUAAUUGUUUACAAGGACAACCGUAUACUCAUUCGAUGUACCAUCAUCAGCAAGUAUUUGCUGGAUUUACGGGUUCAAAUGCAGGUGGUGCAACUACGACCCCUGAAAUGGCCUAUCAUCAUCAACAUCAUGUAACAGCUGCUGCAAAGUUAAUGGCGUCGUCCUAAUUUGAACAAAAAACGAACCCUCUUUCUCAACAUAAAUGAACAAAAUUGAACAUAAGAAACAAAUUUAUCAAUUUUAUCGAAGUGCAAUAUAAAUAUCGGUUCCGUCACUAAAAGCCCAAAAUAUACAAAUGAACAAGAAAAUCUGCCACAAUCAAUCAAAAAAUUAGCCAUAAAAUAGUCACAAAAUUCACGCAGCCAGCUUGAUCAAAACUGAAUUGAUUGGCUUUCUCAAAAUUUAAAUUGUACAUAAUAUAAGGCACUUUUGUUUCGUAAAUAUAACAAAAUGAAAAUACGGGGGAUCGAACCCCGGAUCUUUCUUUAAAAAGCUAAAUGGCUUUUGUUCCCUCCUUUGAAUUGGAUCAAACGAAUCUCCAUUAAAAUAUUAUAUUACGUACUAUUCAUGUAAACAAUUUUACAAUAAACAAUUUUAAACAAUAUAUUUCAAAUAGAAUAAAUUAUCAUGCGUUGUAAAAUCAUUGCCCACAAAAAAGAAACAUGUAAAUAACUACUCCACCUUUAAUUAAAGCCAGCAAACAUUUUUUUUUUUAUAAUUUGCAACAAAAUGAAAAUUUUGGCAGUCAUAGUCCUAACGUUGCCCAAAAAACAAACCAAGCAGGAGCGCUAUCAAGAAAAUCGGAUUUGUUAAAUGAAACACCGGCUUAAAAUUGAUUAAUUCAUAUCUUCUUUUUUUUAUUAAUGAUUUUCUGUAUCGCUUACCGUUCAAAAUUUUUCUAAUUUUGGACUCUGUUAAAGUAAUUCCUCUGUAUAUAUAAUUACAGUGGAACCUCGAUAACUCGUACCUCGUUAAGUCGUAAUCCUCAGUAGAGAGAAGAUUAAACUGAUCGCGUUAGGUAUAUGACUAACGACACAUUUUUGGUUGAAUUUUAAUUUAUAAAUAACGAACUUGUAGCGUACAAAUGAUGUACGCGGUGGCUUUAUACUCAA